UCUUGAAUCUGGGGUAUAAUAAAUAAUAGGGAUGGGUGACUUGGGCGUUAAAAUUGUUAAAAGUUCUCAUCAGUCGCUGUGUUGUGCUGUUGUUAAUAUUUUAUUUUGAGUUUUACUGAUAAUUUCAACUACGGCGUAUCGUUAGAUUGUUGUUGUGUUGAACUGCAUUUGUGCACCAGAACUAUAAUAUAGUCGUGUGUAACAGUUUAGACACAUUAUUUUCGGAAUACUAAACCGAUGUUUAUCAACGAAUCUAAAAAUAUUUUAAUGUAUCUUAUAAGAGUUAUUCAAGAUGUCAAAUCCACCUGUCAAAAUGGAAGUUGACAUUCCAGCUUCAUUAAAAAGAUCCAGUAGUGCACCAAUGAUCAAUCAGUUAAAUCCUACAAUGACUACAUCAGCAACAACUGCUACUACCUCAAGGGAAUCAACAACCUUCAACGUGUUUUCAUCAAUGGCCCCCAGAACGCGGCGAUUCAGUGCCAGUUUUACUUCCGGGUCCACUGCACCUUUGCUGUCCCCCCGCUUGACUCCACGGAUCAGCCAGCUUCGCCAGGAGGAGUGCCUAGACGUGGCUGUAGGCCGAGAGACGGCACAUGAGCGGGAACUGAACAACACAAUGGUCAUGUCACAGUCUUGGGAGGACCUCACCAUUGUCGGCAAUUCACCCAAGGGAGAUGCCGGGGACCGUAGUCCCAAGCCAAGAGUAGGCUUGUGUGACCCUCUACAUGUCCACCUCCCCUCUCUCUCCCCCGUCUGUUCCUCUCCCUCCCCCACCCGGAUGCUGGGCACCAAGCAGGUGUUCUCACCCAACGUUUGGAAAACCAACCUCUCACCAAGUCCUACCAGGAAGUUCACCACCAGACGGAGUUUGAGCCCUAUUGCAUUGCGGACACCAACUCUGGGCCCCAUCAAACGCAAAUUUGACUUGGAUGACAACGAGCCACCUGCAAAGCGGACGAGCAUGGGACUGCUCAUGCCUCAAUCAAGGCUAGACUUGACUGCCAGUCCACUGGCUGGAUCGCUUAGCUCUGUUGGCACCCCUGAGUCAUUAUCAAGUGGAGACUCACCGGUAGGGUUCAGCUAUCGUAACGUGGACAGUCCCAACACUACGUCGGAGCACACAUCCUCAGAUCAACAGUCCUCCGACCAUCCGAUGGAUCAACCCACGGAUACUCAAACUCGGAUGGAUCACUCGUCCAGCAACUCAACAGACCAGACCGACUCUACAGAUCACCCGAUGAGAGAUUUGACCACGUCAGUCCCCAACCCGUCAUAACUGGUGAUAUCAACGCUUAUGUAUAAUUGUGUCCUAGUCUUAGGUUAUGAGUUAUGCCGGUAUUGUAGUAUUAUACAUCCUUCGUAAAUAGCUUUGGUACAAAGUUUAGAAUAUUGAAACAAAGUUCAUCACUAGGUUUGUUACAAUUAAGGCUUUUGUCAGCAUAUUGCUACUCGUGUUAAUCUUGUAUUCUUUCUCGUUUAAACUUGACUGAUAAGAAAAUGCUAACGGCAAAUUAGUAGAGAUGGACGGGAUUGGACUUUUAGUUUGGGACGGGCAGAAUUUUAUUCCCUUCCUGAUUUUUGGGACAGAAACAUGACGGGAUUUUACUUCUUAUGCAAAAUGAGUUUGAUUUUAAAAUCUUGCCUAAAAGUUCUCGCAGAAUAAAUUCAUGACAAACAAAAUC